CAUCUCUGCACGAAACAACAACUACUUGGUCAUCAUGAGCGAUGUCACUAAGCAAGGAUGGGUUACCUUCAAGGUCGGGAUAGACUACCUAAAGCAGCAAGACUUCGCUGUUGACAAGAAAAUUGUGUGCAAGCACUCACCGGUUCUAAGAGCAGCUUUUAGCUCUAUAUUCGAAGAAGCACAAACUCUAGUCUACCGCUUAGACGAUGUUGAGCCAGACCUCUUCGGGCUGCUUGUCAAAUGGUUGCAUUGCAAAAAAUCCGAUCAUCCAGGCCGUCGAAUGUGGAUGGAUGAUCCAGAUAUCGAGAUGCUUAUCAAGCUGUGGGUCCUCGCAGACAGAUUUCUGAUUCCAAGACUCCAGAACGAUAUCAUGGUUCUUUUGGAAUACUUGCUUCUGUUCAGAAUUCACGUCCUUAAGGGAGCUUGGAUUCGAUAUAUCUAUGACAACACACACCACCGGAGAGUGUCCUUCGGCAGUUCGCCGUCAUUCAAGUCGCGUAUUACGAUAAGCUCGAAUUUAGUACUGUUCCGUCGAACAACGACAUCGACAUACAGGAAGAUCAUGAGUUUUGGCAAGAUGUUGAGACAUACAGAACUCAGCAUCUGACCAGCUACAACCAUCGAUCCAAUACACUGGAGGAGAUGAUGUGUUAUGUUCAUCGUUCUCGUAUGGAAGCUAAUCCUCCCUCCUGCUUACUCCGCGUUCCAAAAGACGAUUGAGCAGGCAAACAGAACAAUGUCUUGAUGAGAGUAGAAGUCGAUCGAGAUUGCGAG